AUGGUGAAAGAAACCACUUUUUAUGAUGUCCUCGGUGUCAAGCCAGGGUGUUCACAAGAUGAUCUCAAAAAAGCUUAUAGGAAACUUGCCCUUAAAUACCACCCUGACAAAAAUCCCAAUGAAGGAGAAAGGUUUAAACAAAUAUCACAAGCGUACGAAGUAUUAUCUGAUCCAGAGAAGAAACGCAUUUAUGAUACUGGCGGUGAACAAGCAUUGAAAGAGGGAGGAAUGGGCAGCCACUUUUCGUCUCCCAUGGAUAUCUUUGACGUAUUUUUCGGUAGCAGUUCAAGACGCAGAGCGCGGAAAGGCCAAGAUGUUGUGCAUCAAUUGUCUGUUACGCUUGAAGAAUUGUACAAAGGAACCACGAGAAAACUCGCUUUACAAAAGAACGUUAUCUGUGAAAAAUGUGAAGAAUUGAUAAAUACUUUUUUUUACAGGCGAGCUGGAAACAAUUUAAUCCUACCAAUGAUAUUAAAUCUUACGGAAUCAUUGUGUGGAUUCCAAAAAAUAAUUCGUACGCUCGACGAUCGAAAUCUUUUGAUAACGUCAUUACCAGGGCAAGUUGUGAAACAUGGUGAUCUUAAAUGUAUACCAGAAGAAGGUAUGCCGCUGUACCGAGAUCCAUUCACAAAAGGAAAACUUACGAUUCAUUUCACUAUCGAGUAUCCAAAAUCACUUGAUCCGGCCAUUAUUCCACAAUUAGAAAGUUUGCUACCGGCACGUGAUCAGGCAAUCAUUCCCGAUGAUGCUGAAGAGGUCGAUUUGCAAGACUUUGACCCUAUGUUAGACGCCCAACAACAACGUGAGCGAGGAGGCGAAGCGUAUGACGAAGACAAAGGUUCAUCUCGUGUUCAAUGUGCUACACAUUAA